AGCGUGCACACGUCUCGACGUACGCCGUGUUUCACUGAACACGCGAUCGCGAAAAAACUUUUGCGGCGCGGUGACAAACUAUUGAGUUUAGACAUUCGAAAUUUGAACACGAUUUAAAUUGUGCUGUGAGUUUUGCUAAGUGUAAAGAGACUGAUCAGCGCAGCGGCUGCACUGAAGAGUCUAAUUACGAGCUAGGCUAAUUGGCGGGACCGGCGUUUCAUGAAGUGCGAGAGGCGGACGCCGCAGCAGGCAAGCGGCGGCAGUCCAGGGCUGGGAUCUCAAAUGCUCGCCAUGGAUGUGACCAAGGAGGCGCGGGCUUCCCCCCUCCCCGCUGGUAGUCAGACCGGCGGUGCAGCGGCGGCGCAACCUUCUCAACCACAGAUAUGUGCUGGAUGCAGCAAGGUGAUCACGGAAAGAUAUCUGCUCAAGGCUUUAGAUCAACUGUGGCAUGAAGACUGUCUGAAGUGCGGCUGUUGUGAUUGUCGGCUCGGAGAAGUGGGGCACACUCUGUAUACGCGAGCGAAUCUAAUACUUUGCAAAAGGGAUUAUUUGAGGCUUUUCGGCAACACGGGCUAUUGCGCGGCGUGCAACAAAGUGAUUCCGGCGUUCGAGAUGGUGAUGCGGGCUCGGACCAACGUCUACCACCUCGAGUGCUUCGCGUGCCAACAGUGUAAUCACAGAUUCUGCGUCGGUGAUCGGUUCUACCUGUGCGAAAACAAGAUACUGUGCGAGUACGACUACGAGGAGAGGUUGGUGUUCGCCAACAUGGCGUACAAUCCUCCACCGCUAGCGCAUCUUAAGAGGCAGACCACACACCUGCCGCCACCACCGACAAGCAACGCAAUGAGUCUCAUGAAUGGCUCCAUUCGCUCCGGCGAUCUGAACAACAAUAUGUCCGGUUCUUCCCCGGCGUCGUUCGCCCCUCCCGCACCUCAAGCCCCUCGGCCUCUCCGCGUCAAGCUGAGACUAUCGUGUCUGAGACGUCCAUCCAUACGUCAAGUACCAAAACCGAAUGAAACUAUUUGUGAACUCUUCGUGAACUAUAAAGUUACUUCACUCAGUGUUUCGUGCUGAAUUAUUCGCCAAGUGACUCUCGUUCCUUAGAGAAGUGUCAAAACUGAAGGAGUUAAGUAAGUGAACUGUUUAAAAUUAGAUGUAACUCGAUUUGAGUGGGUACGUGUAAAAAAUGUUUUAGAGAACGUUUCAUUGUACGUUAGUAGUUGUUACAAAGUUUCAAAGCUAAUGCCAAAACUCUCAUUACGGGAACAUGACGUCAGUGUUCCUGUAACGUCGAUAGACAAAUUAAUUUCUUCCUACGUGAAAGAUUUAGAUAGACUUAUAUUAAAAUGUAAUGAAUAAAUGUUUAAAUCUCAUAAGAUGAUCUCAUAAGGGCAAUCUCGACUUAGAAUAAUGUUUCAGCAAUUAAGUAAAGGUCCGGUUUAAAAGUAAAUAAAUACGCGGGAAAGACUGCCUUAUUUAAAGAUGGAUUUAAUUUGGAGUUAUGCUUUUUACUUGAACUAUAAUGAAUUAAAAAAAUGUUUAGAAUUUUAGUAAUAAGUAUCUAUUCUGAUGUAAAUACCCAAAUUAUAUUUUGAAUAUAUUUUAUUAAGUAACUAUCAAAAUGA